GCAGAGCGAGCAUCUUAGCUGCCUGCAACACCGACACACAUCGAGGGGGGGAAUAGAAGAAAAAAAGAGAGAGAGAGAGAGACUGGAGAAUAAACAAGAAGAGGAGAUGUGGAUUAGAAUGCUGCUCCUGCUGUUUCUGUGGCGGUGGGCUGCCUGUUAGAGCGCUCUCUCUCUCUCUCACACACACACUCUUCUUCACACACUCUAUCUUUCUCCUGUUCUUGAUCUGUCAGUGCUCCUCACUCUCCUUCUCUUUCAAGCUCUCCCUCUCUCUCUCUCCCUCCCUCUCUCCCUUUCUCCCUCUCUCUGUUCUACUCUGGCUACUGCAGUAGUCCACCAGCCAGCCGCAAGUCUGACAGCCACACACAUGGCCAACUGCCACAACUUACUACCUCAGCCCUGGAGAGAGGACAAAAAAACUAACAAAUAAAGCGCGCAGAAGAACACUGCAGGAGACAGCCUGAGGGACAAAACGGCGAGCCGGGGUUGGGGGGGAGAAGAAUCCUCAACAUCUUCUUUUUUUUCCCCCUUCUUCUUCUCUGCUUAUGGAUACAGAUACGGAGCCCACUUCCACUCACAUCCUCCCAGCGUCACCAUCCUCUCUUCUCUUUUCUCUCGUUGCAGAAGAGGACGGGAGGAGCGCGCUCUCUCUCUCCUCCGACAGCCUCUUGCGAAGCUCCAGCGGCGCAGCGCAUCCCCUUCUUCUUCUCCUCUUCCUCCUCCUCCUCCUCCUCCACCCCCCGCACAGCGCCACCAUCUCUCCCACCACCACCACCACCCCCAGCCCCCCUCCCCCCCGGAGGAAUAGACGGAUUACUGCUAACUGUGCACACGGCAGCCUGCAGCUGCUCUGACCAGGGCCAGCCCAAGCGUUGGGGAAAGGAAGCAAGAGGCACACAGGAGGAGGAGGAGAGAGAAGAGAGGGAGAUGACUGUGCCGGGAGUUUUUUAAAGCCUUUUUUUUUUGCCCUCUCUCUUCUCCUGUCUCUCAGUCUCUGUCACAACAGGGCUAAUCAGCGACCGACAAGCCCUUGGCAAAGUCACAGUGAGGAAGGUCUCUCUCUCUCUCCCAUCCAACCCCCCCUCUAAAAAAAAAAAAACAGGCGACCAGCCGACGAGCCAACACAUGUAUCAGGAGCCGACAGAAGAGGGGAUUUUCUUUUUUUAAGAAAUUUAUUUCACUUGGCCACUUGUUCUUCUCUCCUCCUCUGACGCUUUAUGGAUCAUUGUGAUUUAUCCUCAGUGGAGCUGCAUUUCGGAGUCUGCAGCCUGGCAGGGGGGCAGUUAGUGGGGGCAGAAGGGAUCCAGGCACCUGCCAAGCCUUCAUGGCCUUACCUCUGCCUGUGAGUGUUUUCCAUGCUGUUAUCAGUCUUCAAUACCAGGAGCCAUUUUGUACCCUUGGCUAAUAGAGGGCCACCUCACUUUUUCAAAAAGAAAAAGGGAAAGCAAGAGAGCAUCAGUCUCAUGCCACUCAAUGGAACGGAUUUAUAAAUGAAACGUGAUGCAUGACUGCUGGCUUUAACAUUUGGAAAGAGGCAAAAAGGAGCACUUUCAAACUAAUGAGCAUCUCCCUGCACUGUCGAUGGAACUUGGGAGCCUUGAGUUGCUCCAGCCAGGCUAGGGUGGUCUGUCCUUUGGUGUGUGCCGUCUCCCCCCACCAUGCAGAAUAAUGAGCCCUCCACACCAUGAGUCCUCUGGGCCAGGUUAGUGUGCAGCCUACCUGGAACGCAGCCCUGCUUGCCGUGCUCUCACUCAUGGUGCCUGCUCUCAGUAUGUGCCAGUCCACAGGUCCUGAGUUGGGCUCAGUUAACCCACAGAACUGUCCAGGUGUGUGCUCCUGCACUAACCAGCUCAGCAAGGUGGUGUGUACCCGCAGAGGCCUGAUCAGGGUCCCGCCGAACAUCCCAACCAACACCAGGUACCUAAACCUGAUGGAAAACAGCAUAGAGACCAUACAGGCAGAUACCUUCAGACACCUGCAUCACCUGGAGGUACUACAGUUGGGCAGAAAUGCCAUCAGGCAGAUCGAAGUGGGGGCUUUCAAUGGCCUGACCAGUCUCAAUACCCUGGAGCUGUUCGACAACAGACUGACAGUCAUACCUAGUGGGGCUUUUGAGUAUCUGUCAAAGUUGAGAGAAUUGUGGCUUAGAAACAAUCCCAUUGAGAGCAUCCCCUCCUAUGCCUUCAACCGCGUCCCCUCUCUCAUGAGACUGGACCUGGGAGAGCUGAGGAAGUUGGAGUACAUCUCUGAUGGGGCAUUCGAGGGCCUUCAUAACCUGAAGUACCUGAACUUGGGGAUGUGCAAUCUGAGGGAGUUUCCUCAUCUGUCACCGCUGGUGGGAUUGGAGGAGUUAGAGAUAUCAGAGAAUGUUUUCCCUGAACUGAAGCCUGGAGCCUUCCGUGGGCUCAAGAAUUUACGUAAACUGUGGAUUAUGAACUCUGCCAUUACUACCAUCGAAAGGAAUGCGUUUGAUGACAUCACAGCCUUGGUGGAACUCAAUUUAGCCCAUAAUAACCUGUCGUCCCUGCCCCAUAACCUCUUCACCCCUCUACAGUACCUGGUGGAGCUACACUUACACCACAACCCUUGGCGAUGUGACUGUGAUGUGGUGUGGCUCUCUUGGUGGCUCAGAGAAUACAUUCCCACAAAUUCCACCUGCUGUGGACGCUGCCACACCCCAGUCCACAUGAGAGGACGGUACCUGGUGGAGGUCGAUCAGACGACCUUCCAGUGUUCAGCACCGUUCAUACUCGAUGCUCCAAGAGAUCUGAACAUUUCAGCGGCGAGGGUGGCAGAACUGAAGUGUCGCACAGCUGCCAUGAGUUCAGUCCGAUGGCUUCUCCCCAAUGGGACUGUAUUGACCCACGGCUCAGCUCACCCGAGGAUAUCUGUCCUGAAUGAUGGAACACUCAACUUCUCCAACGUUCUCCCAUCAGACACAGGUGUCUACACCUGCAUGGUGAGCAACAUGGCAGGAAAUUCCAAUGCCUCGGCCUACCUAAAUGUCAGUAACGCCGAACUCAACACAUCAAAUCUGUCCUACUUUACCACAGUAACAGUGGAAGUUUUGGAGCCCACAGUGGAGGAGACCCCGAAACCCAAGCCUACUGUCCCUGCCUCACCUUCUGUCUUUCAACCUGUCUUUAUCUCUACACCUACUGUGCUGUUUCAAAACACUCAGACUCCAAGGCAGGUGUCACUUCCCACUCCCAGAAUCCCUAGUGGGCCAGCUGCAAGCCUGGAUGAGGUGAUGAAAACCACCAAAAUCAUCAUUGGCUGUUUUGUUGCUGUUACCUUGCUGGCAGCUGCCAUGUUGAUAGCAUUCUAUAAGUUGCGUAAGAGGCAUCAACAGAGGAGCACGGUGGCAGCAGCCAGGACCAUAGAAAUCAUACAGAUGGAGGAAGAAGUUCCUCCUGUUCCACCGCCCACGUCUGGAUCUAGUGGCUCUGAUGACACAGGGUUGGUACUGCCUACACUAGUGGAACAUAACAGCAACACCUUUAAGCCUGGGUAUGUGUCCUCCUCGUCCCGCCAAGGGGGCUAUGGAGCCCACUGGACCCAGAACAACUCUCUUCAUCGCUCAGUCAGACAGCAUCACAGCCACAUCAGCACCAUUGCUGAUCCAUAUGUUAUUAAGACUAGUCACGGCAAGGAGAAGGUUCAAGAGACUCAGAUCUGAAUAAUGCUCCCUGUGGAUCUAUGUCUGACUCUGCCCAAACCUCUCCUCUCCUAUCUGCUCACCAGUCCAUGCAAUAGAAUGCACAAAGAACAAAACGGUAACUUUCUUUUGUACAGAAGUGCAAAACAGAGACAGUUUUUUUUGUUUCUUGUACAUGCCUAUACAUAAGUAUAUAAAUAUGAAAAAAUUAUAAAUAUAUAUGAAAUGAAACUACCGUCAGGCAGUGGUGAGACAUGCAGAUUAUAUUAGAAAAGAAAGCAAUUUGAAACUAUUUUCAAUUAACUGGUGACUUCUAUUUAAAAAAAAAAAAGGCAAAGAUAAUGAAUUGUUUUUUUUUGACUGAAAAUAGAAGAUGGUACUGUCUACUGUAGGAAAAGAGGCAUUUAGUUUGUUUUUGACCAUAUUUAGGAGGCAGAAAAAAACUCUUUAUAAAGGCACCAGUUUCUAAAUACAGCCCCAAAUGUAAGCUCCACUUUUUACUGUGCCAAAUAUUAUAUGCAAUAAAAUGGUAUUUCCAGACUAAGGAACACAAAAAGACACACAAGCAAAAUCUAGAUAGAUACAAACAUUUGUCCAAUAGCAGCAUAAUGGCACAGAUAAAAUGUGCUGUUCAGUAGCUAUCAGCCAAAUGCUUUUGGACUGCAGUGAAUUUCUGCAGCUAAGGUUUAACCCUGUGUUCGCUGGAGCUAAGCUGUGUUUAUUUGACAGUGCCAGUGCUUCUUAGUUGUAGCGUAUCUAAACAUGUUUAUUUAGUGUGCACAUGAUUCCUCACUGUUUCAGCUGGCAAAGGUGGAAUGCAGGCUAAUAACAGUUGUUGCAAAUAGGUUGUUUCUGUUAUUGGUUGCAUUUCGUAUUGUUUUUUUUCCCUUAGGUUUUGACAUGCUUCUUAAUGGCUUGUGUAGUGUUUAGGGCUAAUUUAGUAAUGCAUUACAGCAGCUGCCUGACUUGUCUCUGCAAGGGCUCAUUCCGAUGCUAAUUUUUCAAAGGAACAGACAUGUGGUGCAGUGAUACAGGGCUUUGCUGACCGUUCUGCUUUUGGAGAAAAACAGUGAGGAUUGAAGUGAAACAAAAUGAAUGUCUGAUACUGGGGCUUUUCCAUGGACUACAUUGAAACAUUACGUUUCUUUUUCUUUUAACAUUUUAUUUUUAGCAACACUAUUUUUAUGGAGAGACAAAGGAGGCUAUGAAAAAUAAAAAACCUUUGGUUUGUAUUUCUCUAAUCAGAAACACUUUCAUCUGAUGUUUUUUCUUGUCUCUUAAUAUAUUUCCAUUUGUGUGUAAGUUGUUUAAUCGUGAAGGCUGGAGGCAGUAUUGUAAAUCGUAUCCUACCCCAAACCCCCAUCGUACGGUCCUAUGCAUUUACUUAGUGUCUGCAUGAAUGGGUCUUUAAGUCACUGGUGUACAAUGCUGCGUUAUACCCCACAGUGGGGCUCUAUGCAGGUCAGAUAGGCUGUUGGUCUUUGAUGCCUCAGCUUAGUUCUUAACAUUGAUUUCUCAGUGACUGUGAAGGGGAAAAAUACAUGUAUCCCACAGUU